CAGAAAAAGCGGUGACGAAUGUUCUUGAAACAUUCGAUCGCUAUUUUCCUACGCAGUUUUGAUAUGAAUUGCUGUUUGUAAAGUUUUAUUUGUUCAAAAUUGUGAUCAAGUAGUGCUCAAAAUGUCCCUUAACACGGCCCACGCCGAUCAUGGCGUCCUGAUACAUGCAGGGGAAGCCAUCAUCCUGUUCUCCGACAAUGUCAUGGUCGACUUCUACGGUAAUGACACCCCUGAGUUCAAGGGGAGCAAGAACGGACGCAUGUACCUCACUACACACCGCAUGAUCUACAACUCCAAGAAUGUUACUGACAGCCUGAGGUCUUUCAGCUUUCCCUUCAUUGCUCUGCAAGAUGUCAAUGUGGAGCAGCCCAUGUUCUCCGCGAACUUCAUCAAGGGCAAGGUGCAGGCCCAGCCGAAUGGCAACUUUGUUGGAGAAGUAAAGUUUAAACUGGUCUUCAAGUCUGGCGGAGCGAUAGAGUUCGGCCAGGCCAUGUUGAAAGCCGCACAUCUUGCAUACCGGCACGGCACGCCGGGCGCCGCGCCGCCGCCGUACACGCCGCCGACCGGCCCCUGGUACGCCGCCCCGCCGCCGGCCUAUGCGCCGCCGCCGCAGGGCUACUACGGAUGGGUGCCGCCCUACACAGCGUUCCCCGACCAGCCGCCGCCGAACUCCGUGUUCGUGUCCAACAACCCGCCGCCGUACCCCGGCGUGGCGGGCGCGGGCUACCCGGCGGGCGCGGGCGGGCUGUCCGGCGCCGCCGCCCCGCCCCCCCCCGGCUACCCCGGCGGCUUCGCGCCGCCCAUGGCUAACGGCAUGUCGCCCAAUGAUGCCAAAGCGGCCGAGGCGGCUAGAAGCGCCUACUAUGACCCUAACAGGCCCCAAACAGCCUACGUUCCGCCGCCAUACGAUCAGCCCCCGACCUAUCAAGAGUCUACGUCGAAGAAAGAAAACUAAGGCACUGUCCGCACUUCCACCUCGGACGGGCGCCGCUGCCCGUCGGCGCCGAGCCGCUACCCGAGCCCUGCUGCAGUACGGAGACCAUACUGUAAAGCCCAGUGUGCCCACACUAUUUUCUAAAUACCACAAUUUUAAAACACCACUGACAUUUUUCUUUAACAUGCACUUAUAAUUUAAUCUCAAACAGACAGUUAAGGUGAAAUCAGAUGGUUCAUUUUGUGUUCAUUUUCGUGUUUCAUUAUUCAUCGUUCACUCAAAGUGACACGUGUGAACACAAAAUGAACCAAAAGUGAAAAAUGAAUUCAUUAGUGAAAUGAUCCCACCGAUGGACAGUUAAGAGUGUUGCUGUUUGUAUUCAUCAUGAACUUUGUGGUAUUUUGAAGGCGAGCACCCCAAACCACUGAUCUCUAUUCAACCCGGUAAACUGAAGGUGCCUCCAAAUCCAGCGUAGCGUAAUCAGUAUUUCUUAAUCGAGCGGUAGAUAUGCUAGGUCUGAAUGCACCUUGACGUAAAAGUACCUAAAGAUAUUGGAUACCAAACUUCUCAACUCAAUACAUUCUUAUUUCUUUAGCGUGGACGGAAUAACUUGCUCGAUGUUAUAAUCGGGCUACAACAAUGACAAUAAGUAGUCAUCUAGACUAGCGGUACCUACCAAAGCAUUAUCCCUUCUGUGUAUUUGUGUAUGCGUAUCACAUACGCAUCUGAGUAUACCGGCAAUGUAGUAUUGAAAAGCCGCCAAUUCAAAGUUUAGUAAAGCCUGACAACAGUUUAUUUAACCCUGAGAUAGUGUCGCUGCAAACAGCUUACGUAUGGCAAUAAUGUGCGUACGUCAUGUAUAGUCGGGGUAGUGGGCAUUGGCUUCAUGUUGAUACGUGGUUGAUACUCGUAUAAUGUCAAAACAUUGCUUACAGAGAAUUCGGUUCAUUCAAUUUACCUAUUCGUCAAAAUCUGAUUCUAAAUAUUCAAUAUUAUUAUAUUCUUCGUUUCCUUACUCUGACGAAGUCUGAUUUUCAUCAGAUGUUGUGUCGCUUUCAGGACCACCAACCUCGAUUAUAAAACGUUCAGUCUCCAAUUCGAUUAUAGGAUUUUUAUCGUCGAUCUACAUAAACCUUAAAUGAAAUAUUAAAGUUUAAACCUAAUAACUAACCAGUUCAAUAAAACCGCACUAUAAAAUGUCGAUACCGGUCAUGUCAACAACCAACUUUAAAACAUUGUUUAUUGGAAUGCUAUGUAAUCCUUCGUCUUUUUUAAGCUGUAAGUAUUUGAUUGCAUUCACUACAAUUUUUUUCGCAUCUUUGGUAAUUUUUUUUGGCAUUUUUUAAUGAAACCGUUUAUAUUUGAAUAUAUUCGUAGAUAUUUUCCGUUUGUUUACAUCGGUGACAUUCGAUGACAUCCAAAGUUCGUUGUCAAAGAGUACUUGUUGCCAGUAAAAGAAAUUAGUACCAUUGGAAAUCCGCAAAAUGGCGAGGGUCAAAUAAACUGUUGUUAGGCUUUACAACUGGCCGAGAAUUUACAUUCUGUACAAAACGUAAGAAAGGGACACAUAUUUUUAGCCGGUCUAGUUAUACUGGUCUUAUCUACUUACGGGUUGAAUCGAAGUCAGUGGGAUAUUUUUUUUUAUGAACGUUACAUUCCUUAUAAUCGUUCUGAGAACUAAGUUCUCAAUAAACGGGAUAUUAGAAAUCGCGAUUGUAUCUACUCGUUUCAAAUAAUUGUAAACGAAAUUAAACAAAGUAUUCGGCAUUCGUGUAUGACUGAUUGUUAUAGAAAAA